AUGUCCGCCCCCGAAACUACUGCUGCCACUGUUGCUCCCGUCGAGGAGACAAUGCCUGCUACCACUACUGAGGUUGUCCCAGAGGCUAUUGCUCCUGCUACUGCCGCUGAGGCUACUCCUGCUCCUGAGCCCGUCAAAGCAGAGGAACCUCUCAAAGAGGAUGUCAAGACCGAAGCUGCCAAUGUCGAAGAGGAGCACGCCAAGGAACCAGCCACUGAAGCAACCGCUACUGAAGCAACUGAAGCAGCUGCUGCCGGGCCGGCAAAGGAGGAGGCUAAAGCUUCGGAGACCGACAAGAGGGAAGAGCGCCCCAAGAGCCCAGGUUUCCUUCAGAAACUUCUUGCUCCCUUUAAGGGCGACAAGACCGAGAAGGUGAAGACCGAGAAGAAGGCAAAGGCCCCUAAGAGCCCCAAGAAGGACAAAAAGAAGGAGGCUUCUGAGACCGCUCCUGCCACUGAGGAGCCUACCAAGGAAGCCACCUCUGAAGAACCCGCCAAAGAGGUCACUACUGAGGCUGCCCCCGCUGAGGUGAAGGCUGAGGAACCUGCCGCCACCGCUGCCGUUACCACCGAGCAGCCUGCAAACGAAGUUGCUCCCGCCGAGCCUGUUCCCGAGACACCUGCGGAGGAGGCUAAAGAGGAUAAGAAGGAGGACAAAAAGGAAGAGAAAAAAGAAGAUAAGACCCCGAAAGCCGCCAAGGUUGGCCGUCGUCUUUCUGCUCGUGUUGGCGACUUCUUCAAGCCCAAGCCGAAGACUGAGGUUUCCACCCCCGCAAAGGUUGACGAGCAUCCUCCCAAGAUUGAGGAACCCGCACCCGUUGCACCUCUCGAAAACCCUGCAACCAACACCGAGGGUGCAACAUCAGAGGCUGCAAAGGAGGCGAAGGUUGAGGAGCCUAAGACGGAGGAGGUUGCCCCUAUGAAGUCUGGUGAGGCGAUAACCACUGCUGCCGUUGCUGCGUGA